AUGGGAGAAAAUUAUGCAGUAGGCCUUAAUCAUAUACGGGAUAUUAAUGUAGGAGUGCGUGAAGCCUCCAUUGUGGACAAAGGGCAUGAUCUCGAGUUUGGAGGCAGGAAUGUAAAAAAGUCGAUGGGAAUAGUGGCAAAGUCUAUUGAGCCUAGAAGUAAGACCCUUAUUUUCUUAUUCAUUGCAGCAAGUUACUGCCUAUUCUCCGGUCAGGUUAAGCAGUUGCUUUCGCAGCUAAAUGCAAGUUACAAGAUGAUGGAGCUGGAUCGGGAAAGUGAUGGAUAUGAAGUUCAGUCCGCACUUGUGGAAUGGACCGGACAAAGGACUGUCCCGAAUGUUUUUAUUGGUGGCUGUGACAGUGUUAUCGCAAAGCACAGACAAGGCAAAUUGGUGGCCCUUCUUACUGAAGCUGGAGCUCUUGCAACUUAAGGAGUGAGAUUGGCUCUCUGGGUUG